AUGUCAUUGUCCGAUUAUCAAGUUAUUCAGACAAUCGGCACAGGAUCUUAUGGCAAAGUUGUAUUAGCUAAAGAAAAGAAAUCUGGCACUAAAUAUGCUAUAAAGAAAGUGAAACUCUCAGGGAUGACAGUAGAACAACGUCAAAAAGCCCUUGAAGAAGUCAAUCUUCUUUUAAAACUCAACCAUCCAAAUAUUGUUAGAUGCUAUAAGUCUUUCAUAAAGAAAUGUACAUUACAUAUCGUAAUGGAUUACGUAGAUGGAGGAAAUCUCGAUAACGUCAUUGAAAAAACGCAUGAAUAUAUGUCAGAGAUGGAUGUUUUAUCAUUCUUUAUACAGAUUGUUAUUGCAUUGUCAUACAUUCACAAGAAAAAUAUUAUUCAUCGUGAUAUUAAGCCAGAAAACGUAUUCUUAAUGAAAAACGGAAUAGCAAAACUUGGAGAUUUUGGCAUCUCUAAGACCCUCGAGUCCUCAAUUGGCUUGGCUACCACUGUAAUUGGAACUCCUUAUUAUUUAGCCCCAGAAGUGUGGUCAGGUGAACAAUACAAUACGAAGGCCGACAUGUGGAGCCUUGGCUGCAUUCUUUACGAGAUGUGCGCUCUCGAAAAACCAUUUACAGGAGAAAAUCAAAAAGAAUUAUUUGAUAAAAUUUUGGCUGGCCAUCACAAAGAGAUUCCUUCUAUGUAUUCCAAUGAUCUCAGGCAUCUCGUCGAUGGAUUAUUAUCAAUGGAUCCUUCUUUUAGACCUACUUCUGCCCAAAUUUUACAAUUACCUUUCAUUCGCGAUGUAAUGAAGAAGAUGAUCGAGAACAAUAACUCUACAUUGAAGAAUUCACCAAUUCCUUCACCAGGAACCAAAAAAGAACCAAAGAAUAUUCCAUCUCCCAAAGAACAAGAAUCUGACAGCUCCUACUUCGAUGAUGAUGACGAAGAAGACGAAAAUGGUGAUUCGGAAGUCAAAAAUGACGAGUUUACCGUUGAAGAGGAAGAUUCAACAGAUGAUUUCGGAGAUUUUACAAUGCUUGAAGGAGCAACAAUGGUAUUGGAGUCUACAUUAUGCGUUGAUACUCCAUCUCGUAAAAUAGAGAAGCUAAAGACAGAAUUAAAGAAAUCUCUUGGAGAACAGAAAUUUAAAGAGGUUUAUGACGACAUGAACGAUCCGUUCGACAUUGAUGCUUCAAAUAGAUUGAGAACAUUCGAAAAAACUGAUCCUAAAGCUGCACAAAUGGUCCGUGAUUUGAUUGAUCUCGAAGAAUCUUCAACAAUAUAA